AUGUUUCGCUCGAAGAUAAUUAGACCUGUUCUGUAUCAAGUCUGUAGGACCGUUACCAAGCAGCCAUGCCCAUGUGAUGCUCCAGGAGGUGCGGGUUCAGGUCCGAUAUCCAAAUCAGUGGACCCAAUUCAGCAAUCAUUUAUUGCUAGGUUACGCGAAUAUCGUCAAAAGAGCGAAAAAAGUCCAAAUGGUCUAGCAGAUGCAACACCAAAAGAAGAGAAAGAGCUCAACGAAAUGCUGGCCAAGGUGGAUCGUAUAUUUGGCGCAGAAGGAAAAGAUAUGACGCAGUUUCCUACGUUUAAAUUUGAGGAACCCAAAAUUGUCAUGCCAUCAUCUUCUUUAAAUAUUGAAUAUCCGAAAGAUCCGGAAGAUACAGCCUAA